AUGGAUUCCGACCCGGAGGUGGUGCUGGUGGAAAAAAUUGAAGACGACGAAAUUUCUACAGAUAAAGACAGCGGCAUGGAAUCGGCCACCGGCAGCAAGGAUGAAACACCGGAACGCAAACCCUCGACGCCUGAAGAAGCGCCCAAACAGUCGGAACCUGUAAAACCGGCCGUCACCCCAGAAGCUGCACCUGUCGCUGCAGACUCAUCAGCAUCAGCGUCGGCGGUGACGGCGCCCCCUGCUGCACCUGCAGCUGCCCCAUCAGCACCCUCCACUUCCCGGCCUACCGCAUCGUCCUCCCCGCCGCAACAGCCCACCAAGACAGUGGCACGCACUAGUGCAAACGAUUACGAUGACGAACCGGACGAGACGUUGGGAGAGCGGCUGUGGGGUUUGACGGAAAUGUUCCCGGAACCGGUGCGCCAGCUUACCGGCACCGUUUCGGAUCUUACCGUGCGAAGCGUGAAGGGGCUUUACUCGCUCACCUGCAAUGUCUCGUGGAUUUUCUUCACUAGCUCAAUGAUACUGCUGGCCCCGGUUGUGUUCGAGGUGGAGCGUGCCCAGAUGGAGGAGAUGCAAAAGUCACAACAGAAGCAGGUCUUGCUUGGGCCGGGUGCGGCCGUUGGUGGUGGUGCACCAGGUGGCAUGCCGGCCUUACCACCGAUGGCAGCGGCUCGAUAAGCGUGUUUUACAGUAGCAGCAAAAGAAUCCUACGAA